AUGUUUGAAUGCGAGCUACGCGAAAGUAAUGGCAACAGCUAUCUAAACUCAGUCCUGCAGUUGAUACUAAACCUUAAAGUUGAAGAGUUUACAGCAAACCUCCAGAAGAUCCUUAGCACAUACCUUCUUAACUGCGACGAAGAUGAUAAGACUAUCAAAGCUCUGAAUAAGAUCCUGGUCGAUCUCCACGAGAAGACAAAUUACUAUUCCACAAACAGCGAGAUUCUUAGUGCCACAAACGGGGAGAGGAACAGGAAGACAUUACUAAAAGAUGAACCGGCGACCAUCAACACCAAUGAUCUCUACAAAGUCUUAGUAGAUCUUAGAGACAAACAAGACUUGGAUAUAUUCGAUGCAUUGAUCUGCCAGAUCUCCCCUGAGAAUGAAGAGGAUAAGAAAGAAGCUGACGAAGAGGAAAAAGUUUCUAGUAAUGAAAAUAUGUGCUUUUAUGAGUACCUCAUGGACAAAAUUUGCAACGCUUGGGGUGAAGAUUCUACCCUCUCCGAUAAAACUGCAAAUGAUCUGUUCCAAAUGAGGUAUACUGAGUGAGGUGAUAACAUUGUUCCAAAAUUUGACCAAUAUUCUCUCCUAGUAGAUGUGAAUGACUUGAUCAAGGGAGUCAAGAAGGAAGGACUUUUAAAACCCCACACCUUCCGGUCCCUUGAACAAAGUUUAUUCAAAGUGUUCCAAAAAGUACAUAGUCAAAAUAACAGUGUUGAUAUCAAGCAGCCCCUCCAAGACUCCUUAUUCAGUUCGGAUAAUUAUUUUGGAAUUGAUAAAGAGAAUGCAGGAGAUUUCCUUACAUUCAGGUUCAAAAUAGACCAACUAAAUGCUCUUAAGGUAGCUCAAAAGAAUCCUCUCAGCGAGGAAGCCAGGAAAAUAAAUACAGAGAGACUGUUAAACCAUGCUACGAUGCUUCUAAUGCUUCCCGAGAAUAUCUAUACAACGGACUUCAUAGUGAUGAAGAAGGACCCAUAUGACAUUGUAAUAGAGUCGCCCAAAGCAGUCCUUGUUGGUAUGAUAUGCUAUGGUUCCAAAUUCGACAGCUACACUACCUACCUCAAAUUUGAAAAUGAGUGGAGAUUCAUUAAAGAUGACAAGCUCAAGCUAAAGCAAGUAGUCUGCCAAGUGGAAGAUUACAGCGAAGUUGUUAGAGAGAUGAUAGGCAACCUUGACUUCCCAGUCGUAGCCGUGUACCAGGUCGUUGAUGACAAAGAGAUCCUCCAAAAAGAUGAAGAAGCUUCUAAAUAGGCUUAUAAACUACUUCAAAGAGCAAUUUGAUGAAGAGGAGACUCCAGAGGAUGAUCUUCAAGAAUCAAGUAUUACUAGAUCUGCGUAUCCUAAGAAGAAAAAUGAAGAGAUAAAAGAAAAUAGUGUCAAGUUAUUAACUUCGGAAAAGAACAAAACGCAUACUUCUGAGCCUAAUAUCGACACCUUCCGUACCAAGACUGACUCAGUAGAAAAGAAGAAUUUAGCAGGAUCUAUGGCUAACCUUAUUGGAGAUGACCAAGAGCGUAGUGAUGCAGACAGCAAAAGUAAAAAUCAAGAGAUACAAAGCAGACCCUCUAUUGGAUCUUCUGGAUGAGGCUGUUGGUGUUUCAAAAAGUAA